CGGCGCGUGGACUCCCAUUAGGUCCAGCCUGCGGGAGCCCAGCAGGCGCAUCUGCGCAAGGUUCUGUACACCUGUUCCUCACUUUUGCUCAGCUGUCUUCCCCCUGGGUGGAAGUGUGUAUGUCCGUCCCCAGGGAACAGGAUGCACGACAGCGGAUCUAGGUUUAGAGCUGCGCAGAAGAUCAAGCCCAAAGCAAGAAGAUGCUGGGCACCUUUUUAGCCGUUUGGAAGUUCACGUGACCUACUGAAGAGCCGGGCCCCAGUUGUCACGUGACGGCGCGCGCGCCCUCGCGCAAGGAAAACCGGCUGGCGCUGUGCGCGCGCGCUCGCCGCUGCUUCCCAUCCCCUCCACAGGAGGGUGAGGAGCGGCGAAGUGAGCAGGCAUCUGGGGCCGGGUGCGCGUGCGCAGCGAGCAGCUGUCACCCAGUGCGGAACAAGUCUUCCAAAUUUCCCAAAUCUCCCUGGGCCGGAGGCCACAGUCUUCCUCCUCGGGGUCGUGUCCUCGCCGCGCGCCAGGAAUCAUCACAUGAAAUUUGGACAUUUUACUGAGAACUCUCAGUCCACAACAUUCAAGCAGCUUUCAUUAGCUGGAGUAAUCUGGACCUGAGAUAGAGACUACCCCAGCCAUCAUGGAGGUGGCCGAGGUGGAGAGUCCUCUGAAUCCCAGCUGUAAGAUCAUGACCUUCAGACCCUCCAUGGAGGAGUUCCGGGAGUUCAACAAAUAUCUCGCAUACAUGGAGUCUAAAGGAGCCCAUCGAGCGGGUCUUGCCAAGGUGAUUCCUCCUAAGGAGUGGAAGCCAAGGCAAUGCUAUGAUGACAUUGAUAAUUUGCUUAUUCCAUCACCGAUUCAGCAGAUGGUCACAGGGCAGUCGGGACUGUUCACCCAAUACAACAUCCAGAAAAAAGCCAUGACAGUGAAGGAGUUCAGGCAGCUGGCCAACAGUGGCAAAUACUGUACUCCGAGAUACUUGGAUUAUGAAGAUUUGGAGCGCAAGUACUGGAAGAACUUAACUUUUGUGGCACCUAUCUAUGGUGCAGACAUUAAUGGGAGCAUAUACAAUGAGGAUGUGGAUGAAUGGAACAUAGCUCACCUGAAUACCGUCUUGGAUGUGGUUGAGGAAGAGUGCGGUAUUUCUAUUGAGGGCGUAAAUACUCCUUAUCUCUAUUUUGGCAUGUGGAAAACCACAUUUGCAUGGCACACCGAGGAUAUGGACCUCUACAGCAUUAAUUAUCUCCACUUUGGAGAGCCGAAGUCUUGGUAUGCAAUACCCCCGGAACAUGGGAAACGACUUGAAAGACUAGCUCAAGGUUUUUUCCCUAGCAGUUCUCAAGGUUGUGAUGCAUUUCUUCGCCACAAGAUGACACUCAUAUCUCCCUCAGUAUUGAAGAAGUAUGGUAUUCCCUUUGAUAAGAUCACCCAGGAGGCUGGAGAAUUUAUGAUCACUUUCCCAUAUGGCUACCAUGCUGGUUUUAAUCAUGGUUUCAACUGUGCAGAAUCUACAAAUUUUGCUACAGUUAGAUGGAUUGACUAUGGAAAAGUUGCUAAAUUGUGCACCUGCAGGAAAGACAUGGUGAAAAUUUCAAUGGAUAUCUUUGUGAGGAAAUUUCAACCAGAUAGAUACCAGCUUUGGAAGCAAGGAAAGGAUAUAUACACUAUUGAUCACACAAAGCCUACUCCGGAAUCUACCCCUGAAGUAAAAGCAUGGCUGCAGAGGAGAAGGAAAGUAAGAAAAGCAUCCAGGAGCUCCCAGUGUACAAGUUCUCACUCAAAGAGGCCUAAGAGUGAGGAGGAUGAGGAAGUCUCAGCUGCAGUCAGUGGGGCAGAGGGCCCCACUCCCGACCCAGACCAGGACGACCUCAAGGUCAGGAACAAGCCGGAAGGAGCCUCGAAGCUGGGGAACACAGAAGCACCUUCUGAAGAAGAGGCCUCUGCUAGCAGGAUGCAGCUGGCUCAGAAUUCACCCGGUAAUACCCGACUGUCAGGAAAUAGCUGCAUAAGCACAUCUCUAACAGAGGAAAUAAAAACUGAGGAUGACCGAGCCUAUGCUGUAAUCCCACCUUUGAAUCCCAGUGAGGCUGAUGAUUCCAUAUCUAGUGGCCAUGUGAAGUUUGAGGAAUCAGAGCCACCCAAGCUUCCUUGGCCAAAGUCACCUGAGUCAUGGUCCUCGGUGGCAGAGAGUAACAGUGUGUUGACAGAGGCAGAAGAGAGUGAUGUGGAGAGCCGCGGGAGUGGCCUUGAACAUGGUGAAGUCCCAGCAGUCCCCACUGGAGAGAGAAAUGGCUUCAAAGUCCCCAGUAGAAUAGAGGGAGAAACCAAAACUGCUAAAAGUUGGCGCCACCCACUUAGUAAGCCUCCAGCAAGAUCUCCAAUGACUCUGGUGAAGCAACAGGCAGCAAGUGAUGAAGAGUUGCCUGAGGUUGCAUUGAUUGAGGAAGAAGUAGAAGAAACAGAGUCUUGGGCGAAGCCUCUGGUCCACCUCUGGCAGACAAAGUCCCCAAAUUUUGUGGCUGAGCAAGAGUAUAAUGCAGCCAUGGCCACAAUGGAGCCACAUUGUGCCAUCUGUGCUCUCCUCAUGCCGUACUACAAGCCAGAUAGCAGCAAUGAAGAAAAUGAUUCUAGAUGGGAGACAAAAUUAGAGGAAGUGGUUACUCCAGGAGGAAAGACUAAGCCCCUCAUUCCAGAGAUGUGUUUUAUUUAUAGUGAAGAAAAUAUAGAAUAUUCUCCACCUAGUGUCUUCCUGGAAGAGGAUGGAACAAGUCUUCUGAUUUCCUGUGCAAAGUGUUGUGUACGGGUUCAUGCAAGUUGUUAUGGUGUCCCUUCUCAUGAGAUCUGUGAUGAAUGGCUAUGUGUCCGGUGCAAAAAAAAUGCAUGGACAGCAGAGUGCUGUCUCUGCAAUUUGAGAGGGGGUGCUCUUAAGGAAACUAAGAACAAUAAGUGGGCCCAUGUCAUGUGUGCCGUUGCGGUCCCAGAAGUUCGAUUCACUAAUGUCCCGGAAAGGACACAGAUAGAUGUAGACAGAAUACCUUUACAGAGGUUAAAAUUGGUUCAACUUGCAGCUUUGGAGAUACUCCUCUGUACAAUUAUUUGUGUAGGAAGAUUUUCUACAGGAUGGAAGAAAAGAAAUUUGUUUACUUUAGCAGAUAUUUUCCUCUUUUAGUGACCAUUUAAAAAAAGAGACAGCAAAUGAAAAACAACCCUUUCAAUGCUCUUCGGUGGAUUAUGUUGAUUCUAAAAGAGCGUGUGCUUUAUAAAGAAUGCUUAUCUCAUCCAGCCACCUUGUUUGGUAAUAUCACAGGUGUGGCCAUCUUCUCAUAUAAUUAAAUGGACAACAAGGAUGAAACUAGAGUUAUUUUCAAGACAUUGUGCUUUAUUUAUGUGGCUGGUAAUUUUAAAUACUUGAAAUAAAAUUCAUUAAUUUAAAAAAAAACUGAACUAAGUUUUAGUACAAAAAUGUAUUUUGCUAUUGUGGUCUUUAUAUAAUUAGUUCAUUCUUUUCUCUUCUUUGAAAUAUUUAGUUUUUGUGUAAUUAUCUCAAGGUUUACUAAAGUAACUAUUACGUCAUCAAAAAAAUACUACAGGUUGCUAUCCAACAAACACCAGGUAAUUAAGCAGAGUGAUCUCCUUACAGGAAAUAAAUGGUUGAAACUUACCUGAAUAGGCUAUAUUGAAAGUCAUAUCCAGAAGGGAGAUUCAUUUUCUUGGUCAGCUUAAGCAUUCUUCUGAUCAUUAAUGCAAAUUCUAUUACUUAGUAUUUUUCUUACCUACUCAUUUAAAAUGAAUUAUUUUGCUUCUGAGUGACUUUUCAAUGAGGGAAAAGUUAUCCUUUGGCAAAUCCUGUCAUUCCCAACCCCUGCCCCCUGUCCUCUAGUACCUUCUCCACUCAUCUAGGCAACAUCAGAGCUUUGGCACCUGGUAGGAAAAAGAAUGGGGAUGCUGAGAACAUUUCCAACUCCCCACUUGAAUGGUGUGCUCAGGGAUAGCCAGUCUGGGGGUUUGAAGUCAUAGAUAAUUGGUAUGCCUGAAGAUAAAUAAAAAACAAUUGCCCCAAUUUGGUGUAGAUUUUAGAAUUUACUGUCAUUUUCUUUUCUUACUUCCUUUUGUCUUAUUUUCUCUACUAACACGGUUGUUUGGCUGGGUCGUAACGGAAUCUCUGGAAGAGGACCUAAAUUGUGCAAAGAUGAGAACACAGAAAAAGGAAGUAGAAAAAUUUAAAACACACAUGAUAUUAGAAUGUCUUUUUUUGGUGUUCACAGUAGAAAAAUAUUACCAGUACAAACUAUCAGGAACAAAGCUCAAGGACAGGAAUUUAGAGAGGAUGAUGUAUUUUUAGUGUGAUCACAUGGAAGAAGCAGUAUCAUCUGCUGGAUGAUCUUCAGUAUCAGUGUUGUCUUUUGGAAUCAGAUCAACAAAAUAUUUUUAGAUUUGAUUAUAAAAUUUAAGGGAAGAAGGGGUUUUAUACCCAUCUAUUCAUAAUAUUCUGGAUGAGUGAGAGGAAGCUCCACAGAUUCCUAGAGAAAAUAAAUACUUGGUACAAAUGAAAAAAAAAAAUUUAAGGGAAGAACAUUUAAAAAACCUAGCAAAAAGGGUAAAAAAGUAUGAAAUUCUGACAUUUGUUACAUGCUUACUGUAGAUGUCUAUUACACACACUGAUCACUUCUCAAAGAUUAAACUAAUUAAAAGAUCCAUGGAGUUUAUAUAAAUAAAACAGCAGGCAAGUUUGUGGAUUCUAAGGCAUCUUGGAAAACUGCAGCAGACCCUAAAUGCAACCAUUAGUUUUAAACAUUCUUCCUAUUUGGAGGGAAAAUUCUGAAAUAGAAAUGUUGUUAAGACUAUGUGAAUUUUUCCUGGGAAAGGGAAACAAAAACAAAAAUGAACAAGUGGGACUAUAUCAAACUAAAAAGCUUCUGUACAGCAAAGGAUACCAUCAAUAGAACAAAAAGGCAUCCUACAGUAUGGAGAAUAUAUUCAUAAAUGACAUCUCCAAUAAGAGUUUGACAUCUAAAAUAUAUAAAGAACUCACAUGACUCAACACCCAAAAAGCAAAUAAUCCAAUUAAAAAAUGGGCAGAGGAUCUGAACAGACACUACUCCAAAGAAGAAACUCAGAUGGCCAACAGGCACACGAAAAGAUGCUCCACAUCACUAAUCAUCAGAUAAAUGCAAAUUGAAACCACAAUGAGAUAUCACCUCACACCAGUUAGGAUGGCGAACAUCCAAAAGACAAACAACAACAAAUGCUGGUGAGGAUGUGGAGAAAGGAGAACCCUCCUACACUGAUGGUGGGAAUGUAAAUUAGUUGACCUAUUGUGGAAAGCAGUAUUGAGGGUCCUCAAAAAAUUCAAAAUAGAAAUACCAUUUGACCCAGGAAUUCCACUCCUAGGAAUUUACCCUAAGAAUGCAGGAUCCCAGAUUCAAAAAGACAUAUGCACCCCUAUGUUUAUCAGAGCACUAUUAUGUACAAUGGCCAAGAAAUGGAAGCAACCUAAGUGUCCAUCAGUAGAUGAAUGGAUAAAGAAGAGGUGGUACAUGUACACAAUGGAAUACUAUUCAGCCAUAAGAAGAAAACAAAUCCUACCAUUUGCAACAACAUAGGUGGAGCUAGAGUGUAUUAUGCUCAGUGAAAUAAGCCAGGUGGAGAAAUACAGGUAUCAAAUGAUUUCACUUAUCUGUGGAGUGUAAGAACAAAGCAAAAACUGAAGGAACAAAACAGCAGCAGAAUCACAGAACCCAAGAAUGGACUAACAGUUAC